AUGAAGAAGGAAGACAUCUCAUCGUUCGAUCUCGUGUUUCUUCACGGCAACUCGUUCAUAGGGCCACCGGUCCUCCCUGCGAAGUCCACCAAGGAGCUUUCUUCGUCGCUCCAACAUUUCGGCGGGUGGAUUGAUGUCCGCGAUAUCGCUUUAGCGCACGUGCUAGCGGCGCAGAAGCCUGAAGCGGGCGGAGAGCGCAUUCUCAUAUCUGCCGGUGACUUUGUUUGGCAAGAUCUGCACGACCUCGCGCAUACGAUCGACCCGACGUUGCCAGCAGGCGACCCGAAGGCGGAGAAGAACUACUUCAUGCGCUACAACAACGAGAAGAUGAAGCGCAUCCUCGGCUUGCAGCCGCGAUCCCUCGAAGAGACGAUGCGCGACUCGCUCGCUUACUACAAGACGGUGCCCGACAAGACCUUCAGUGCCGCUAUGUAG